AUAAAUGUGGGAGUGUGAAUGUGAGGGUUUCGGAGUGUCGGAGAUCUGGCGACGGCAGAGGCUUUAGAACAAUGAGCCAGUCUCGGCCUGGAGGAUGAAGCGUUUUUGAGGAUCUCAGUGGUGAAUAGGGGCUCUUCUACUUUUAAGAGGAGUUGCGCUGGAUUGCUUUGGUCUUCUGCUUGAGUUCUUCCAAGCUGCUGUGAAAGUGAAACCAACUCUCUGACUGGCUUACAUAGACCCCCCCAACCCCCAUCCUCAUCCACAAGUCCACAAGUCCCAAGAACUGCCGAGAACGACAAAACCACAAGUCGUUGCAUUUGAACCAGUUCCCAAUCGGUGGUUUGAUUCAUCUCAGUUGAAUCAACAAAGAAGGAUUUGAUCCAGGAUAUUGCAAGAAACGAACCAGAAAGAAAUCUCCACAUGAACUUGCUUGGAUUGAUCUGGCUGGCAAUCCGCCAUCCUCAAGAACUCAAAGCGUUAGUGAAUUAUAAGCUCUGGUAUGACCCGCCGAACCUGGAAGAACAUCCCGAGAUCACUCGAAUCAAUGAGCCGAAUAUGAAGGCAUGUUGGCUCUUCCUCGACCAAACCAGUCGAAGCUUUAGUGCGGUGAUCAAAGAGCUAGAUGGCGAGCUUUCGCGAGUCGUUUGCAUCUUUUAUCUCGUCCUGAGAGGGCUGGAUACCGUCGAAGAUGACAUGUCAAUCCCCAUCGAACUCAAAGAAACACUGCUCAAAUCUUUCUACCAGAAGCUCGAUCAACCCGGCUGGAACUUCGACGGAUGUAGUCCGACGGAAAAAGACCGAAACUUGUUGGUAGAGUUCGAUAAAGUGAUCUCCGAAUUUCAAGUUCUAGAGCCCAAGUACCGAACGAUCGUAACAGAUGUGACGGCCAGAAUGGGAUCAGGGAUGGCGAGAUUUGCUCGGACGGCAGUGGACGGAGGCGGGAUAUUUUCGAUCGACACGAUGGCCGGCUUUGACGGAUAUUGCCAUUAUGUAGCAGGCUUAGUUGGCGAAGGAUUAUCGCGCCUAUUCUCGGAAUCGGGGAAGGAGAAUGAGGAGCUCGGAUACCAAUUAAGACUGAGUAAUUCGAUGGGCUUGCUGCUCCAAAAGACGAACAUCUUGCGCGAUUUCCGGGAAGAUGUGGAUGCGGGAAGGAUGUUUUGGCCGGAGGCUAUCUGGCGCAAGUUUGUCGACGAGCCUCGAUUGCUCACCCUGCCUCAAUUCCAGAAACAGGCCCGUUGGGCACUCACCGAAAUGACCAUCGACGCCCUCAGUCAUGCCGUCGACGCCCUCGAAUAUAUGACCCUCUUGAAAAAUCAGUCCAUCUUUAACUUCUGUGCUAUCCCUCAGGUCAUGGCCAUAGCUACUCUUGAAUUAUGCUUCGAAAACUUGGAUGUCUUUCAGAAAAACGUCAAGAUUCGUAGGAGCUUGAUGGCCCUCUUGAUCUCUAAAGCUAUCAAUCCCAGGGAUCUGUCAUACAUCUUUGUAGACUUUGCACAUAGGAUCCAUCAACGAGCCGAUCCGAGUGACCCGAACUAUUUGAAGCUAUGUGUGCUUGUUGGGAAGAUUAUAGCAUGGGCAGAGAACCGAUAUCCGAGCUUCAUAACGCCGACGAAUCCGCCGCCACUCUAUUCGGAUGACCCGAUAGCCUCGAACAUCCAAGACGUCCGCGUGCACCAACAGCCGGCGCUACGCCGGAUCGGCCUCCAACCACCCGUCGCCCCUCGUGCUGCGAAAGCCAAGAUGGGCAUCGACGACCUCAAGUUCAUCCUCAUCAUCGUCUCCAGCGUCCUCGCUCUUAUCCUCUCCGUCUCCGCUAUCUUGGGGUCCUUGGUCUAUCUUGCUACUAAAAAACCAGAUACUUCUAUCCUGAACUUCACCCUUCCUCUCACUUCUUGGAGAAUUGAACUAUAACACACAACAAGAUUUUCUUAAAAAAAAUCAAAUAACAUAACUCAACUUACUUAUUGGUCUUAUCAAAUUUGAUGCUCCUUCUAAUAUCUUGUUUUUUUUCUUGUUUUGUUUUCAACAAACCUCGUUAUUUUUUUUUUUCCUUCUAUAACUACAUACUCGUUCUUUUUUUUUUUUUUUU